CAGAAAUAGGAAGGAAGGAUUGGUGUGCGUUGCAAAGCUCCCAAUGCCUGAUUGCUUUUCCCAGCUAAGCUUGAGAAGUUAAGACAAUCCUCAUCCCAGCCUAAGCACAGGACGGAGGAGAGGGCUUGAUGCAAGAAAAUGUCGUGUGACUGCUGCCUCCGGCUGCCAGCGGUGACCUGGGUGCUGCUGCUGGUGAUGACAGCCUUUGCCAUGGAGUGCCCCAAGAUCAAGGUGGGGACAUGCAAGGACUGCAUCCAGUCUGGUCCUGGCUGUGCCUGGUGCAAGAAGCCGAAUUUCACCAAGGCUGGUGAGCCAGACUCCAUCCGCUGCGACACCAUUGAGCAGCUGCAGCAGAGGGGAUGCCCACACAAUGAGAUCGAGUUUCCAGUCAACGACAUUACAAGAACACAGGAUAAUCCCUUAAGCAAUGACAUACAGCUGACUCCCCAGGAGGUGCACCUGAAACUGAGGAUAGGGCAGCCCGCUGUAUUUGAGGUGAAGUUCCGCCGUGCCAUGGGGUACCCCAUUGACCUCUACUACCUCAUGGACCUCUCCUACUCCAUGCUGGAUGACCUGGAGAAGGUGAAGAAGCUGGGAGGGGAGCUGCUCAAGGCACUGGAGAGCACCACCCCUUCUCGCCGCAUAGGGUUUGGCUCCUUCGUGGACAAGACAGUGCUGCCCUUCGUGAACACACACCCUGAGAAGCUGCAGAACCCAUGCCCCAAAAAGGACAAGCAAUGCCAGCCUCCCUUCGCCUUCAAGCACAUCCUCUCGCUGACCGACAAUGCCAAGAAGUUUGAGAGUGAAGUGGGGAAGCAGUUCAUCUCAGGGAACCUGGAUGCCCCAGAGGGGGGGCUGGAUGCCAUGAUGCAGGCAGCAGUGUGUGGGGACUUGAUCGGCUGGCGCAAUGUGACCCGCUUGCUGGUGUAUGCUACCGAUGAUGGCUUCCACUUCGCCGGUGAUGGCAAGCUCGGGGCCAUCCUGACCCCCAACGACGGCCAGUGCCACUUGGAGGACAACAUGUACAAAAAGAGCAAUGAGUUUGACUACCCGUCUGUUGGCCAGCUGGUCCAGAAACUUGCCGAAAACAACAUUCAGCCCAUUUUUGCUGUCACCAGUAAGAUGGUGGAUGUUUACAAGAAACUCAGUGAGAUGAUCCCAAAGUCAGCAGUGGGAGAGCUGAAUGAGGACUCCAGCAACAUCAUUGAACUCAUCCAGGAGGCCUACAAUAACCUCUCCUCACGAAUCAUCUUGGACCACUCCACCCUGCCGGACGUCCUGGAUGUCAAAUAUGACUCCAUGUGCAGUAAGGGCAAGCUCAUCUCGGAUGAACGGAGAGGGCAGUGCGACAAUGUCAAGAUCAAUGAUGAGGUCACCUUCAAAGUGAAGGUCACGGCCAAGGAGUGCAUCAAAAGCCAGUCCUUCACCAUCCGGCCUCUGGGCUUCACAGACACCCUCACUGUCCACCUGGACAGCAACUGCAACUGCAAAUGCAACGAGCAGCCUGACCCAACUGCUUGCAGUGGGAAGGGAAGGAUUGUCUGUGGGAUCUGCAGCUGCAAUUCAGGCUACACGGGGAAGAACUGCGAGUGUGAAACCAAAGGCAAGACCAGCAAGGAGUUGGAGGGCAGCUGCCGGAAGGACAACAGCUCAGUCAUCUGCUCGGGGCUGGGGGAUUGUGUGUGCGGGCAGUGUGUCUGCCACACCAGCGAUGUGCCCAACAAGCAUAUCUAUGGCACCUUCUGCGAGUGCGACAACAUGAACUGCGAGUUUCACAAUGGCUCCCUCUGUGGUGGCAAAGGCCGUGGGAGAUGCGACUGCGGGGAGUGCAAGUGCAUGGCCGAGUACCAGGGCAGUGCCUGCCAGUGCAAGAAGUCAACAGAUGGCUGCUUGAACAGCCGUGGCAACGAGUGCAGCAACCGCGGGACCUGCCACUGCAACCGCUGCCAGUGCUGGGAGGGCUACCAGCCCCCCUUCUGCCAGGAGUGCCCCGGCUGCCCGUCGCCCUGUGGCAAAUAUGUCUCCUGCGUGGAGUGCAAGGGCUUCAUGAGCGGCCCCUUUGAGAAGAACUGCUCCCAGGCCUGCCCCAACAUCCAGGUGACUGAGGAGUCAACAAGGGUGAGCAAGCAGUGCAGGGAGAAGGACUCCCAAAACUGCUGGAUCUCUUUCCGCAUGAUCCAGGAGGAUGGCAGGGAAAUGUACACUGUCAUUGUCGAUCCUAAAAAAGAGUGCCCGGAGCCUCCCAACAUUGCGCUGAUCGUGGGAGGCACUGUUGCUGGUGUGGCCCUCAUUGGCCUGGUGCUCCUGCUGAUCUGGCGGCUCUUGACAGAGCUGUUUGACCGUCGGGAAUACCGCCGGUUUGAGAAGGAGAAGUCCAAGGCCAAGUGGAAUGAGGCUGAUAAUCCUCUCUUCAAGAGUGCCACUACCACGGUUGUGAACCCCAGGUUCAAUGGGCAAUGAAACGGAUCAAUGCCUGGCAGUGCUAGGACCCACCAUUAAAUAAGGAAAUGCCAAGCUAAGAAAAUUUCAGACUAAGGCUCCCACCUCUUCUUCUUUAUCCUGUUGGUUUGUUCCCUUCUUCCAAGAGGCCACUAGCACAUCAGGCACUGGCUGAGGGGCUGCACCAUGCCCGUCUCCUGGUGAAGUGCUCAACGGUUGGGUUAGUGGAGCUGGGAGAAGGGAACAGCCACAGCUUUGCUGUGGAUGGGACUGCAGAACAAGUCUCACACACAACAGCUCCCAUACCAGUUACCAACUGUUUCAGCUCUUCAUGCUAGCUUUGCCUUCUCACAGGAGCUUCAGACACCAAGCCCCAAAACCAGCUGAGUGCACAGAGUGCUUCCAGCUUUGAUUUGGAGCUGGGAUUUCAGAACUGCCAUUUCCCUUCUGCUCUAGCAGGCUCUGCUCCCAGGCUGCUCCAAUCCUUCCCCUGCUGUACUGAUCUCCACCAUUAUGCCUGCACUGUUUUCUAAAGCACUCACUGCUGAGUUUGACAUGGAGGGUCCUCCAGGCUGGCGGUCUGCUCGGGGGGUUGCAGUGAGGUGAUAGAGCAUCCUCCAGCUCAGCACGUUUCUAAACCAUACACAGCAGCUAAUUUCUCUUACAUUGUGGGGUCAUUCCUGUGAAAUAGCUGUACAAGUCCAUAUUUGCUUUAAGUUUGGGAAUAAUUUGCAUAUAGCUGUAUUUUGUCACAUCUUCAUUUGCUCU